AUGCCCGUCGUCCACGUCGUCUCGUUCAAGUACAAGGACAGCGUCUCGGAGGAGCAGCGCUCGCAGCUGUGGGCCGACCUCAACGCCUUCCGCACCCAGUGCCUCUACUCGGACGGCAAGCCGUACAUCCUCGACUUCAAGGGCUCGACGGAGAACAUCUCACCCGAAGGCCGAGGGCAGGGCUACCACCAGCUUUUUAUCUCCACUUUUCCCUCCAGGGAGCACGUCAAGUACUAUCUCGAGCAGGAUCCUGUCCACCGGGCGUUUGUUGAGAAGGUCAAGCCGACACUCGCCGACGCUUUCAUCUACGACUUCGAGGUUUGA